AUGGAUGCUACUGGGCUGUCCAUCCUCAACCCCCGGGCUUCGAGGCUCCCCGGACCGAACCUCCUCCACCAGUUGGUCAAGCCUCCAAGCCAACAAACAGCACUGGAUUACAUGGGCAACAACCGUCGCCACUCCUACACCUACAGUCAGCUUCAUGAUGCAGCAAAUGCUCUCGCCAGGCGGAUAACACGUGCUUCUGGCAGUCAAAAUGGACAGCUCGUGGUUCCAGUGCUCAUCCACCAAUCUCCUCUCCUCUAUAUUUCUCUCCUAGCUAUUCUCAAAGCUGGAGGAGCCUUCUGCCCUCUGAACAUUGACGCACCUCCGGAAAGAGUGAAAUUCAUCCUCGGCGACGUGGCUGCAACUGUUGUUCUCGUCUCCAAAGAGCUGGCAUCAGGGAUCCCCCAGGAUGUCAGUGCAACCAUCAUCACGGUUAAUGGAGACGCAGACAUCACGGAAGCCUCCCAAGUUGACCUCCAGCACCGAAUUCCUCAACCUGAAGAUCUGGCGUACGUCAUGUACACAUCAGGGUCUACAGGUACGCCAAAAGGUGUAGGCAUCUCCCAUGACGCUGCCACGCAAGCUCUCCUCGCCCAUGAUAGACAUAUCCCCUCCUUUUCCCGCUUCCUGCAGUUUGCAGCACCGACAUUUGAUGUUUCGGUCUUUGAAAUCUUCUUCCCCCUUUUCCGAGGAGUAACUCUCGUCACUGUUCGCAGGGUCGAGAUGUUGAACGACCUCCCUGCUGUGCUGCGCCGCAUGGAUGUUGAUGCAUGCGAGCUGACGCCCACUGUCGCUGGGAGCUUGUUGCGGAAGCGAGAAAACGCACCGAAUCUGAAGGUGCUCUUGACUAUCGGAGAAAUGCUCAACGCACCGGUAGUCGAGGAGUUUGGAGGAGAUGACAGCAAACCCAGCAUGCUCUGGGCCAUGUAUGGUCCUACAGAGGCUACGAUUCACUGCACUCUCCAGACCGCAUUCUCGUGUGACUCUUCGACGGGUAACAUUGGUGUACCGUUUGAUACUGUUUCUUGCUUCAUCAUUGAAAUUCCGGAGACGGACAGUGAGGAUUUCAAGCUCAAAGUUCUCCCUCAGGGCGAAGUUGGAGAACUCGCUGUCGGGGGUUACCAAUUAGCAACUGGUUACAUCAACCGGCCAGAACAAACACGAUCGGUAUUCAUUGAUUCUCCUUAUGGCCGUAUUUAUCGUACCGGAGAUAAGGCUCGCCUGCUUCCGAACGGAAAGCUGGAGUGUUUUGGUCGCCUCUCAGAUGGCCAAGUCAAACUCCGUGGCCAGCGGCUGGAACUCGGUGAGGUUGAGCAAGCUGUUCUGAGGACAUCGGGAUGUCACAGCGCGGUCGCAGCUGUGGUGAAUUCCAUUCUCGUUGUUUUUUGCGCUGUUGACGCGGGAGUUUCCGAGGACGCUAUUUUGAAGAAGUGUGGAGACUGGUUGCCACAAUACAUGGUGCCUGGAGAAGUUGUCCUGAUGUCCGAGUUCCCACGAUUGCCAAGCGGCAAAGUUGAUAGGAAAAGGCUAAAGGCUGAGCAUGAGGCGCGCAAGGCCAACAUGGCAGAAGACAGUCAGGAAUCAGAACCUGCGGAUGCAACUGAGACAAAGAUCAUCGGUGUUGUGUCUGAGAUUCUGAAUUUCAAAGUCAAAAAGUCCAUGUCUCUAGCAUCUGCCGGUCUAGACUCCCUCAAAGCCAUCAAACUCGCCUCAGCUCUUCGAGAGUCAGGCGUCGCUGUGGAUUCAGCUGGUCUUUUGAUGAUGAAGACUAUUUCCGACAUUAUCUCUACCGCUCGGAGAGAAGCAGUCGCUCAAGGCACCAAUUCAUUCCCGAAGGAGGCUGCCAUCUCUCUUGAGCUUGGCAGUGUUCUUCGAGAGAACCCCGAGUUGGAGAAGCUCAGCGCGUUGGUUGAGGAUGUGUUGCCAUGCACCCUCCUGCAAGCAGCCAUGCUGGCUGAGACAGCCCAGAACCCAACAGCAUACUGCAACGAGAUUGUACUCGAGGUUCCCAAAGGCUACACAAUAGAGGAGAUUUCGGAAUCUUUCGUGGAACUGACACGUCGCAAUGUAAUCCUCCGGGCUGGUUUCACUACCUUUGAGGGCAAGUUCGUCACGGUCCUCUUCAAAGAUCUUCGGCCAGAGCAAAUUAAGUCUUCGGAUUCCUUCCAAAAGGACUUUUCGCUUUCGUUGCCACAGGAUUACCUCAACCCCCUAAGAAUUCAGAUCCAGCAAGGGUCAUCUGCCUGUUCAUCACGCUUGCUCCUUCACCUACAUCACUCGAUCUAUGACGGUUGGUCCAUGGAUAUUCUCCUAUCUGAUUGGUCGAAACUCCUGUCGAAGGAGAAAGUACCGCAACACCUGCCCUUUCACGGGGUCGUUGAGUUUUACAGCAACCCACAAACAGAUGAUGCAUCGCGAGUCUUUUGGACCGAGCAUCUUCUUGGCUGGAACCGCGUCCCAUUGCCUAAACUCCAGGGCAAGGCCAUCGGCUCGAGACAAAUCUCGUCGGGCCGAAGACAAUUGAUAGUGCCUAGGAAACGGGUCGACGCUGAAAUCCAGAAACUGGGCUGCACACCCCAGGUUCUGUUUCAGGCAUCCUUGGUGCUUCUUUGGUCUGGCAUCCUGGGGACGCGGGACGUUUCUAUCGGUUCCGUGACAUCUGGAAGAACCAUUCCUGUUGCGGGCAUUGAAAACAUCAUUGGGCCUUGCAUUGCAUCCUUGCCUCUCCGAGCAGAUCUUGAUACCAUGACUGCCAACCUCGACCUUCUGAACAGUAUUCACUCUGCCAACAGGAAGGCUAUGCAGCAUUGCACUAUCUCGUUGUCUGAGAUCAAAAAGCUUGCAGGCUUGCAACCGGGCGAGAGCCUUUAUGACGCCCUUUUCGUAUAUCAAGAAUCCCUCACCAGCUCGGAACGUGCCCGAAAUGUAGUAAAGGAGAUCAGCCAUCUGGAUCGCCUGGAAACGCCAAUCUUAUUUGAGGUUGAGCCCACAGAUGAUGCCUUCUUCCUUCAAAUUACCUAUCAAACGGCUUUCUCAUCGUCGACGACAGUUGAGCACAUGAUGGAUCAGCUCGAGUCCCUCGUCUCAUUGCUUUUGGAGAAUCCCCACAAGGAUAUCAAAUGGACACAGAGGAAUGUCACCUGUGAUCCUUCGAUUGAUAACAUCACGCCUGCCUUGCAUCAGUCCACCCUGGAUUUGGCUAGAGCAUUCGAGCAAGCAGCAAGUCGCAACCCAAACCUUGACGCGCUGGUCUUUGCGAAUUCUUUUGAGGGAGGGCUUCAACAGACUGCAAUGUCAUUCCAGGAGUUGAAUGCUCUGGCGAAUCAGAUUUCCUGGUACUUGCAAGAUUGCGGCGUCCAAGCUGGGCAGGUGGUUGCCAUCAUCAUGGACAAGUCACCCAGCUUGUACGCUUCCAUCUUGGGCAUUGUUAAAUGCGGCUGUGGAUAUCUUCCAAUCCUUCCUUUUACUCCCUCUGCACGCAUUCAAGAGAUCUUGAGUCAAGCUGAAGUUGAGCAUUUUGUAGUACACAACAAGUCCCUCGACCAAACAACUUUCUCAUCAGAGUCAUCUUUAAUCAACAUCGACAACGCCACCCUCACUGCUUUCCCUACAACAAACCCCGGGAUCCCCCCUGAUGGCUCUCGACUUGCAUACGUGAUCUACACUUCUGGCACGACAGGAACUCCUAAGGGCGUUGCUAUCGAACAGCACAGUAUCAUGGCCAACAUUGGCCAUCUUGGGACACUGUAUCCGAGACCAUCCAAAUCACAGGGCCGUCUUCUACAGACAUGUUCACAAGCGUUCGACGUGUCUGUUUUUGAGAUUUUCUACACGUGGUAUGCAGGCAUGUGUCUCUGUGCUGGAACAAACGACACAAUUUUGGAAGAUCUUGAACGGUCAAUCCGUGACUUGGGAAUCACACAUCUUAGUAUGACACCCACGGUGGCGUCCCUGGUGGACCCUCGUAAUACACCCGGCGUCGAGUUCCUUGUUACAGCUGGGGAACCCAUGACCCAAUCGGUGUUUGAUCGAUGGCAGCAACAGCUGUGGCAGGGCUACGGCCCGUCAGAGACGACAAACAUUUGCACCAUCAAGAAAAUGGCAGAUGGUGACCACAUUGAACACCUGGGACAUGUGUUUCCGAACACCUCUGCUGUCGUCCUUUUCCCAGAGAGCCACGAUACUGUUCCUCUCAAUUGGGUUGGAGAAUUCUGCUUUGGGGGUGCGCAGGUCGCUCAAGGCUAUCUCAACAUGCCGAAUCUCACAUCUGAAAAAUUCAUUCAACACCCCCAUUAUGGCAGACUCUACAGAUCUGGAGAUAUGGGUCGUAUGUUGAGUGAUGGAUCUCUGAUGAUCUUGGGUCGCAUUGAUGACCAAGUCAAGCUCAGAGGUCAGCGAAUUGAGACGAGCGAGAUCAACAGUGUCGCAACCUCGACAUCUCUGGCCAGCUCAGCCGUGACUUUACUGGUUCGACGAGAGAAGGGCGCACCCGAGCAGCUGGCCUUGUUCUUUGUCCCACAGAACGAGUCUUCUGCCUUCCGCGCAUUGGAGGUUGUUGCUGAGACCCAGCAGUCUCUCAUCGCCCAUUUACAGUCGCGACUCCCCGCCUACAUGGUCCCUUCAUACUCGAUCCCAAUCUCUACAGUUCCUCUUACGUCUAGUGGCAAGGUGGACAAGCGAAAACUUCGCGCCUGCUUCGAGGCCCUUGACCAAGAGUAUCUAGAGGCAGCCUCAAAAUCCUCUCUUGAUACCCAAGACGAUGUGGAUUGGAGCGGGACGGAACUUGCAAUCGCAGAGGCGAUCAUGCAAUCUGCCAAGGUGUCAAGAGACGAGUUUGGCCGAUGGACUCCUUUCGCGGUGCUUGGUAUUGACUCAAUCUCUGCGAUUGACCUAGGUCGUGCUCUCAACUCAGUCCUAGAGACUCGAGUGGCAGUGUCGGAGAUUUUGCGCAACCCGACUGUUUCACAACUUGCACACUUCAUCUCUCGGAACGCCCAGUCUCAGGAUCACGUUGCAGACAGCCGUCAAGAGUUCUUCCCUCCCACAUUUGUAGACAGCUUGAAGGAAGCCUUUGCCAAGGAGUCCAAGGUUGUGAAGGCGGUCCUGCCUUGCACACCACUCCAAGAGGCGAUGCUUUCCCGUGGACAAAGAGGCUACUACAACAAGGUGCUCCUACGACUGAAUAUGGACUCCCUUGCGAUUAAGUCGUACUGGGAAACAAUGGCCAAGAGGCACGACAUCCUUCGUACUUGCUUCGAAACUACGACGGACUCUCAACGAGCCAUCGCACAGAUCGUCCUCGAAGGCUGGAACAUUCCCUGGAUGACUUUGGAUGUCAACCAACUAUCCUUCGAUGGAGCCAUUGAAGAGCAUCUGAAGACCCUUCCCGACCCAGUCGACUCACGGACUCCUCCUGUAUCUCUGGCACUGCUGCGGUAUCGAGGAUCAGAGUUCCUAUCCUUCAUCUGUCACCAUGCUCUCUACGAUGGCGUCGCUAUGGAGCGACUCCUGAAAGAAGUUGAAGCUCUGGCAGUGGGUGCAGAGCUCCCCCCACCAGUGUCUUACAGCGACUUCUUGACGAUUUCUACCAACUUGCCUGGCGAUACGGAGCAAUUCUGGCUGCAGCACUUCCAGGGAUACCGUCCCUCCACUCUCUUUGCCCAACCCACAACGAGCGAGAUGGACCAAAGCACCCACAUAACAUCUCUGGAUCUUCCUCUUACCGAGCUCCAGGCGCGUCUCCGUGACCUUGGAACCACUUUACUUUCAAUUUGCCAAGCAAGUUGGGCCACUGUGCUUGCAAUGGCGUACCGCCACCCUGACGUCUGCUUUGGCAAUGUUGUGAGUGGCCGAACAUUGAACAUGGAGGGUCUUGAUCGACUAGUUGCACCUUGCUUCAACACAAUUCCUGUUCGAGCCGACUUCACCGCAAGCUGGAGCAAUCUUGACCUGGUGAAACACUUGCAAAAGCUGAACGCGGAGUUGCUCGCAUACCAAUUCACUCCUUUGCGUCUUGUUCAGCGGACUGUCAAUCGUACCGGCAAGCAUCUCUUUGAUACACUGCUACUUCUCCAGAAGCCGCUGCAAGACAUCGAGAAGGACGUGUGGACGCUUGAAGGUGGCUCUGGAGACAUGGAUAUCCCUCUGGUUUGCGAGGUCGUUCCAUGCCCGAGCUUGAACUCCCUUGUCAUCAACCUUCAUCGCGACAUGAGCAUAGUGCCUGAGGAAGUCGCUACCGCCAUGGCCGAUGUAUUCAAGCUCAUGCUCAGGGCCAUACUCCUCUCCCCACACGCCACACUGAUGGAUAGAACUAGUAUCCCUGCGCCGCUCCAGUCGGUAUUCGAUCUCCUUGAGCCCCGACAGGAGAGGGCUGAGAUCACAGUGUCUUCUUCCAGCGAAGAGGAGUGGGGCGAUCUCGAACUCAAGGUCCGCCAGGUACUUGCAACGCUGUCUGGAGUGUCUGAACGCCAGAUCCAUCGUCGCACAACCAUUUUCCAACUCGGGCUGGACAGCAUCAAUGCUGUUCAAGUGGCGUCUAUUCUCCGUCAGCAAGGAUUCGCCAUCUCUGCCUCCGACGUGAUUGAGUGUCCAAGCUGUUCUAAGAUCGCAGCAAAGCUCUUGGAGAACUCCUCAAAGGCUGAGCCGGAAGACGCGCAGGAGUACGAUCUUGAGCAAUUUUCGCGCCAGGUCUCUGCAGAUGUUGCCAAACACUUGCCCAGCACCGCUGAGGUUGAGGCGAUCUUGCCCUGCACGCCUGUCCAAUCCGCCAUGCUGGCAUCUUUCAUUCAGUCUCGGGGAGAUCAUUACCUGAACGCCGCGAGCUACCUUGUCUCGGAGGAUAUUUCCCUUCGGAGCCUGGAGACUGCCUGGGCGGCGCUCCAAGAGAGGCAUCCCAUGCUCAGAACUGGGUUUGUGCCUGUCAACUCUCCCGAUACCUCUUUUGCCAUGGUCAGGCACACUUCCAAGUCGUCGGCUCUGCCUUUGGAGACUCUGCACCUUGGCGAGUCAGACAACAUCAACCUCUUGCAAUUGAAGGUAGACCUGGGCAAUGAUGUCCAGAAGUCGCUGCACCAACCGCCUUGGGCUGUGGUCCUGAGUCAGGGUUCUGGAGAGACUCGGAUGAACCUGGUCAUGCACCAUGCCCUGUACGAUGCGCCAUCCCUUCACCUCAUGCUGGAUGAUCUAUCACAACUCCUAGAGGGUAAGGGACCAUUGCCAGCAGUGAGGGUUGAGCCUGCUGUGUCCGCCAUUCUCAGCAAGUCAUUGAAGGGCCAGGCUUCGGAGCGGGAGUUUUGGGAAGCCAAGGCCAACCGAACUGUUGUGAACAAGUUCCCAAUCAUGACCCCAUUACGAGUUGAGGAGAGACAGGUCUUGGCCGAUACAAUCACUUCGGCGUUGCCCUACUCGCAGCUUAGGCGAGCUACACAAGCCUCAAGCAUCACGAUUCAAGCCGUCAUUCAAGCAGCGUGGACCCGAGUCUUGGCCUCCUACUUGGGUGAGAAUUCCGUGGUUUUUGGUGUGGCACUCUCUGGCAGGACCGCGGAUGAAACCAAGGAUGCCCCAUUCCCCUGCCUCAACACAGUUCCCAUCGUGGCGAGCAAUGUGUCAUCCAAUACUGAGCUGGUGAAUUACAUGAUGGAGUACAACCAGCACCUCCACAAACAUCAGUUUUCUUCACUCAGUCAAGUCCAGAAGUGGCUGGGCCAUCCAGCUGGCCCUAUCUUCGAUACUCUCAUUGCCUAUCAAAAGAUGCCCGACACAGAAUCCUCAUCUGUACCUUGGCGACUCGUUAAAGACGAGGCUAUGGUGGAAUAUCCAGUUUCUUUGGAGAUUGAGCCAGUUCAGAACGACGAGGUUCGCCUCUGCAUCACUUACUACAGUGACAUCCUUCCGCAAGAGCAAGCCAAGCUCCUGGCAGAACAGUUCGAUGCUUCGUUGAUCCAUAUCGCUUGCAACAUCGCUGCAAACGAAGAUGAUGCUUGGCAACAGUCUCAAGGCCUCUACUCUGUGCUCCCUGCGGCCGCGCAAACUCUCGAAGCGCCCGUGCAAUUGCUUCAUCAGUUCGUGGAGAUGGGAGCAAUUUCCCACCCGGAGAAACUCGCCCUCGAGUUUGUGUCUGGAUUCAAUGGGGAAGCUCCCAUCAAGCAACAAUGGAGCUACCAGCAGCUCGACUCCAUGGGAAACAAGGUGGCAAACAUGCUACACAGCCAGGCCGCCGCCGGCAGUAUUAUCGCUAUCCAUUUAGACAAAUGUCCCGAGGCCUACUUCUCCAUUCUGGGCAUCCUAAAGGCAGGCUGCUCGUUUGUUGCUCUCGAUCCUACAGCACCUAAGGCAAGGAAAGAGUUCAUCCUCAGCGACUCCAAAGCUCCCUGUCUGCUCGCAACAAACCCGGAGACCCUGGACUUCGAGACAAAUGCUACCGUUGUCAAGAUUGAUCAGUAUGCCUUAGAGGCAAUCGACAAUGGCCAGCUGGAAUUCCAGCCAACUGCUACUCCAGCCGAUACCUGCUACUGUCUUUACACGUCCGGAACCACAGGUACCCCCAAGGGCUGCGAGAUUACACACGACAACGCGGUCCAGGCGAUGAUGGCCUUCCAGGACCUCUUCAAAGGUCACUGGGACAAUGACUCACGGUGGCUGCAAUUUGCUGCUCUCCAUUUCGAUGUGUCGGUCCUCGAGCAGUACUGGAGCUGGUCCGUGGAAAUCGCUGUUGUUGCAGCUCCCAAGGACCUUAUUCUAGACGACCUGACUGCAACCAUCAACCGACUUGCCAUCACGCACAUUGAUCUCACCCCGAGUCUGGCUCGACUCACGCACCCGGACGAGGUCCCAAGCCUCUGCCGCGGUGUUUUCAUCACCGGAGGCGAGCAACUCAAGCAAGAAAUCCUGGACGCUUGGGGACCCAAGGCAGUCAUUUACAACGCCUAUGGACCAACAGAAGCCACCAUCGGUGUCACAAUGUUUCAACGAGUUCCCAUCACUGGCCGCCCGAGUAACAUAGGAAAGCAGUUCCUCAACGUUGGUUCAUUCGUGUUCCGACAGAACACCAACACUCCAGUUCUCCGUGGUGGUGUUGGCGAGCUAUGCGUAUCAGGCAAGCUCGUCGGCAAGGGAUACCUGAACCGACCCGAGCUCACAGAGGAGCGGUUCCCGACGCUCCCAGAGUUCGGUGAGAGAGUCUACAGGACUGGAGAUCUCGUACGCAUGUUGCACGAUGGCUGCUUUGACUUCCUCGGUCGAGCCGACGAUCAGGUCAAGCUUCGUGGCCAACGACUCGAAAUCGCCGAGAUCACACAUGCGAUCCGCACUGGUGUUGCUGACGUUCAAGACGCGGCUACCAUUGUCACUCGACAUGGCGCGAGCGGGAAAGACGUUCUCGUGUCUUUCGUUGUUGGCAAACAGUCAACCAAGGGAUCUCUCGAAAUCCUCCAGGACGAAGAAGGCCUUGGUGCUCAAGCGAAGGAGGCUUGCCGUGCGAAACUCCCUGGAUACAUGGUGCCCACCUACAUCUUCUCACUACCUUACAUUCCGCUUUCCCCGAACAACAAAGCAGAGAUCAAGGAUCUCAAGAGACUUUUUGCCGAACUGUCUCCCGAGAUGCUCAUGCACUUAUCCCACGCCUCGACCACCCCCAUAUCCCAAGCCGCCCAGGACACUAUGCACAAGCUACUCGAGGUCAUUGCAGAGUUCAGCAACGUCGACAGGGAGGAUCUAUCCUCAUCCACAAGUAUCUUUGAUGUCGGUGUGGACUCAAUUACCGCUCUGCGAUUGUCUUCUUUGCUCAAGUCCCGUUACUUCAAAUCGGCUUCCCCUGCUCUUCUCCUCAAGAAUCCCGUGAUUGGCGACCUUGCCAAUUCUCUGGCCGAGGGCGUCUCCACUCAGCAGGAGAAGCUCGUUCGGGAAGUGAAGCAGUCUAUCCAGGCAUUUGGACAUCGGUACCGUGGUAUGGUGUGCCGAAGUCUCGGCGUGAAGCCCGCAGACAUCGAGUACGUUGCUCCUUGUUCGCCUCUGCAGCAAGGCAUCAUCUCCAGGUCCAUGACCAGCGACCAACGGGGUGUCUACUUCAAUACUUUUGAGCUCAAGCUUCAUCAAGAUAUCUCGGUGGGCCUGCUUCGAAGGGCUUGGGAGGACCUGAUCGAGUCGGAGGCUAUUCUGAGGACUGCUUUUGUUCCCACAACCGACGGGUUUGUCCAGGCCGCUUUGACAAGACCGCAGUUCCCCUGGCGAGAACACACUCUUGAGAACCAAGACCUUGUUGAAGGAUUCCUUGAGGAGCAAAGGAAGGACUGGGUUGAGCAAAACAGAUCUCUCAUUCAUACACCACUGCUGCUCGCUUAUCUUGAGACACCGACGUCCAAGCUCCUUGUCGUUCACAUUUUCCAUGCUCUGUACGAUGGAAACAGUUUUGACCUCAUGAUGGACCGGCUUGCUGCUGUCUACACUCAUAAGAAGAUACCCCGCGGCGCACCCUUCCUGGAAGCAUUGAGCCACGGUCCACUACUCAGGCACGACAGCUGCAGACAGUUCUGGGAAGGUCAUCUCCAAGGCUGGUCUUUCAUGCCGAUGCCCGAAUUUGGACAAGAGAUCCCCGAAACAGCCGUCACUGCUGUGCGCGAAAUUCCUACCGAGGGAUUAGAGGCGAUGCGUUCGUCUCAGAAUGUCACCUUGCAAGCUGUGGUGAUGGCUUUGUGGAGCUCGGCACUGCAAAGAUUCUGUCUUGGCCAGCCAACCCUAGGUGUCAUCGUCUCUGGACGAGCAAUUGGCCUUGCAGACGUCGAGUAUACCAUCGGCCCAUUGUUCAACACAGUUCCAUUCUACCGGAAGGAAAUCUCACAGGAGACAUGGACGACUCUAGUCCGACGUUGCUACGAGUUCAACGCUUCUGUCCUCGAGUUUCAGCAUGCUUCCCUCAAGAACAUCCAAAAGUGGUGCUCGAAUGGAAAGGCGCUGUUUGACAACCUGUUCACUUACCAAAUUGAACCCGCUCAGGAGGACAAUCGAGCCUGGGAUGUUGUUGAUGGUCACUCCAGCCCAGACUACCCUCUCGCACUAGACGCUGUGUAUUUGCGGUCAGGCAAGCUUCGGCUCACGCUUGUUGCACAAGGGCACAUUGCCUCUUCAUCAAAGUUGAACGAGAUACUUGAUGAGGUAGAACGUGAUGCUGAGCUUAUGGCAUCAUCACCAGACGGCGAAGUGCCCGCCCUUGAUGUACAAGAAUCGCCCACCAAUGGCGUAUCCCUUAACGCUCCCACAGCACCCACGGAGGAAAGCAAGUUCAAGUGGACCCAAGAGGCUCGAGCGAUACAGGAAGAAAUCGCCAUGCUGGCCGAUGUUGCAGCCUCGGACGUCACUGAGACGAUUUCUGUUCUGGAAGUCGGCCUUGACAGCAUUGAUGUCAUCAAACUCUCAGCGAAACUCAAGAAGAGAAGCAUUACUCUCCCGUCAUCGCAAAUCAUGCGCUACCAGACGAUUGCCAGAAUGAUCACUGAACUAAGCAACCUUGCUUCUUCCGAUUCGCCAAACCAUGCGGAAGAAGACUCUCUGGAGAACACCAAGCGUCGUCUGAGGCAACAUCUCGAAAGCUCUGGUCUGAACUUGGAGACUGUUGAGUCUGUCCUCCCCGCAACUCAUCUCCAAGAGUCGAUCGUUGCAGGCAUGAUCCAGUCCGAUUACGAGUCAUACUUCAACCACGAUGUCCUUGAGGUAUCGGAGAACGUGAACACCGACCAGCUCCUAGCGGCUUGGAAGGAACUCGUCCGACGUACUCCGAUCUUGAGAACAGGUUUCUUUGAGAUUGACAACCAGGACCUCGAGAUGACAUAUUGUCAAGUUGUGUCGAAGCCAUCAGACAUGAACAUUGACACUUUGGAAUUGCAGGAGUUGAGUGAUGUGAACCGCAUUACUUCCUCCGCAACGGAACUUGCAAGGUCAGGCCAUGGCAAGAGCAAUCUAUUCCAACUGCGACUGGCGACUCUUGGUUCUCAAAGAUUCGUGAUCCUCUCCAUGGCUCAUGCGCUCUAUGAUGGAUGGUCUCUGGGCCUGCUAUUCCAAGAUCUUCAGGCUAUUUACGAGGACAGAGAGGUGUCGCAACCGCCCGUGGAACCUUUUCUUACGAGAAUUUCCAAGUCCGAAAGCCCCGAGGCCCAGGAGUUUUGGAUGCAAUACUUGGACGGCGCUUUGCCUACACUCGUCUCCAAGCAAGAGUCAAGCUCUUGUCCAACUACGUACGAGUUGCAAAGACGGGAGUUCAAGUCAAAGAUCAAUAUUGUAGACAUCAACUCCCUCUGCAAGAAGCUUUCCAUCAGUCUGCAAGCCCUGUGCCAGGCCUGUUGGGCCAUCACUCUGGCUCAACAGACAAGGAGCCUUGAUAUCACAUUCGGCAUCAUCAUGUCUGGACGAGACUUUGAUGGAGCUGACAACCUCGUGUUCCCUACGAUGAAUACCGUUGCGCUUCGUUGUAUCCUGCAUGGUUCGCCCUCAGAUUUCCUUCAGUACCUGGAAGAGAACAUGAGUGACAUCCGAGAGUUCCAACACUAUCCACUCCGCAAAGCGCAGUUGGCCACGAACAUUGGUGGACAAGGUCUCUUCAAUACUCUCUUCAUCCUCCAAAGGUCUCCAUCAUCCGACAAUGAUCAAGGUCAGACUCUGUUGAAGUCUGUCGAUGGAUCAUCAGCUACCGAGUACCCGAUUUGCGUGGAGGUCGAGGCCAUGUCUGAUGCGCUGGUCUGGCGAAUUGCCUAUCAACCCCAGUACAGUUUGGCAGGGUCUCCCGAACAACUGAUGUCAAUGCUUGAUAGCAUCAUGGAAUUCCUGAUGAAAUCAAGUGCUUCGGAUAUCUUGUCAUUCGAAGAACGAGGUGUAUCUAUUUGUGGAAUGCCUACUGUGACCCUCAAGGACACCACUAGCCUCGAUGAUGCUCUUCCGACCGAAGAGUUGUCCAACGGAGUCGAAGAUUGGGAUCACACUUCAAUUGAGAUUCGCGAGGUUCUCCACCAAGUCUCCAACGUUCCAAUCCCGUCCAUCAAGUUGUCGGACAGCCUCUACCAUCUCGGACUCGACUCAAUCAGCGCAAUCAAGGUUUCGUCGCUCCUUCGAAAGAGAUGUCUGAACCUCCGGCCUCAGGAUCUCAUCAAAGCUUCAAACAUCUUCGAGAUGAGCAACAAGGCGAAGAGUGCCUCGACAGACGGAACCCAGGUGCCCGCAAGUUCCGAAACUUGGGUGCCGCCGAAGGAUGUUAACGUGGGCAAGCUCCUCGGUGACUACAACAUUGCCGAGACGAAAGUUGAAGUGCUUCCUGCGCUUCCAAUGCAGGUUUACAUGCUGAGUGCCUGGCAGAAUGCUGAAGGCUCAGUGUUCUACCCCGAGUUCCCCUGCCGAAUCGACAAGUCGUUUAGUAUGGACGACAUCCAGGUAGCUUGGGAUAGCCUCGUUUCUGAAUCUCCUCUCCUGCGGACAUGCUUUAUUGCCACGGGUUCUACUACACUCCCCUUCUUGCAAGUUAUCCUCAAGAGUCACCGAAUUCCGCUGUCAACAUCUGAGCCACGCGCCGAACCAACUGGUGUUAUUGAGCCAUUGCUUAGCGCCCAUGUCGCGGAACAAGAUGACGAGGCUUGGCUCUUCCGUCUGAAGAUCCAUCAUGCUCUUUACGACGGAGUCGCCCUCCCUUCGCUCUUGCAGCGACUCUCUGAGCUCCUCAAAGGGAAGUCUGCCCAACCCAACAAGGGUCUUUCACAAUGGAGAAACUUCGUGGUCAGCCAAUUUACCGACACUGCCAAGAGCUCUAGGAAAGACUUCUGGACGAGUUACCUGCAGGACAUGCCUCCAGCAAACGAACAGGCCGAGUCAUCAGCCAGUACCCAAGAGCGAGUAUCACACCUACAAAAGUCCGCCAUCUCCGACAUUGCCCACAUUCGGAAACUGGCAUCUCAAACUGGUGUAUCCAUCCAGUCUCUUUUCCUCGCGGCAUAUGCCAAGGUUCUUGCCUCGCGAAAUGACUGCGCCCCAACUGAGCCUGUCCUGUUCGGCAUGUAUUUCGCCAAUCGAGGUGUCAACCACGAUCUUCCUCCGACUUACCCAACAUUGAAUCUCGUUCCACUCAAGGUGGACACACCCACCGAUCGGUCCUUGACCGCUAUCGCGGAAUCCAUUCAGAAAGACAUUCAUCUCAUCGUCUCGAAUGAGCGGGCAGAUGUUGGUCUUUGGGAGAUUGCUCAGUGGGCUGGUGUCCAGAUAUCCUCCUUUGUGAACUUCCUCAGUCUCCCUGAUGACAUAGAAUCUGCCGAGAAUUCCGUGAAGGUGCUACCCGCUACAACGAUUGAUGGACUCGGAAAUGAGCCUGCAUCGUGUGUUUCCCACGGUUGGCUCCAACAGAACGUUGUCAGAAAUGACAUUCCGCUGGCCAUAGAUAUCGAGGCUUCAAUUCAUGGUACGCGGCUAGAUAUUGGCGUUUUUGGAUCACGCAAGCAAGUGUCGCCUGAUGAAGCUGCCUGCUUGGUGUCGGACAUUGUUGGGUAUUUGGAUGAAAUUGUUGGAUGA